AUGUAACAGGAAAGCAUAUAUAACUUGAUUCCCAAGGAAUAUGUACCUCCUCCUAAAGAACCGAUGUAUAGAUCGGCAUAUCCAAGUGGAUUGACACCAACUGGCAGCACAUUCAAUAACCAUACAACUAGUCGACCUAAAGUUAAUAAUAUCAACGGAGAAUUUGAUUUAGUUAGGGGACCACACUCUCAUAAGGGAUAGUCGAACUCUCUCGGAAGACCUAAGGGAUCAUACAAACCUGAUUCUACUAUGUUCAGAUUGAAAAAUACUGGAACAAUGGGAUCAAACCAACUGCCUGAAGUCAAACAAUAUAAAUAUCCUCCUUCAGUCAGACCUCCAGUACCUAAAAAAGAUGAAAAGCCUAUUCAUGGCCUUAAAUCUAAUAAAAAUUACAUAGUGACGAAUGCAGUUGAAAAUAUUCUAAGUGCUCCAAAGCAAAUAGUAGAUGAGAAACCAUGGACUGAGAAAAAGGACUUUGGUAAGGUACCUGACUAUCUUACAAAAAUAUAAUAAAGCAUUUCAAGUGAAUAUGAAAUUAUUAGAAAUAUGCACAUAAGUGAGGCUGAAGAAAUGGAUAAACAAAAAUAUUUGAUGACUCAAGAAGAAGUCGAACAAUUAAAAAAGGGAUUAAAAAAGAAAUGGGAAUCAGUUAACAAAGAAUACUAAUCAAUUACACAUAUUAGGAUGAUUGAUACUGUUGGAUUGAAGAGAAAGAAAGAGCAAUGUGAGAAGGAGUUAGCCUAAUUGGAGAAGGAUAUUGAAAAAUUAAAUAAGAAUUAUGUCUUUGUUGACACAUAAAAAUGAUGAUCAUUCCAAAAAUAUAUAUAUAUAAAAUCACAUUAAACUUUGGCGC